ACCACGCGCUUCUCCAAUGGACAGUCAACACAGGGGCCAACGAGUCACCGGACCGCCGCCGCGCCUGUGAAGCAUCGUUCGGCAUUUCUUUGAGUAGCCCGCUGGACGGCACCUUCGAAAAGAAGGGCAGAGGGAGCCCUCAACCGCCGAACGUAAAGACAAAGCAACCCCCGCCAAGGAUCGCCAAUCAAAACAAGGAUGGCGCCCUUUUCAUGUGGGAAAGCGGAGGAAGCGCCUCGGCUGCGCGACGCGAAGUAGUGCGCGCACCUUUUAGCGCGUUGUCACCGUUUUGCUGUCGCCGCCGGUGUCCAGGCCGACUUGCUGGACAGUGCAAACUUCAGGCCCACUCAAACAGGCGUUCGAGACCGCCCAAGCGCCGCUGCUGGCGCGAAACCCGAAGGACGGCGCGGCCCUUUGGAAUACAUUGGGCUCCCCGUGCAUGUGUCACUCACGUUGCUGCCCAUUCCCAUUAGGUUGGGACUGGGACCUAUUUUGGCCCCUCGUAUCGGUAUCCAAUAUUUUCCAUCUCAAGUAAUCGGCUUUCAAAAAAACUAUGGCCGAGGGCAACGGGGACGCGACGGCGGUGGAACCCACCGACGAGGCGGUGGAGCAGAGCCCGGACUACGCCAAGCUCCUGGGCCACGGACUGCAGGAGAAGGUGGCGGCCCAGCUGGACGCUAUCUUCCAGACGGGCAAGCUGGCCUACGCAGACCUGGACGAGCGGGCGCUAGACGCGCUCAAGGAGUUCCCGGCCGACGGGGCGCUGGCCGUUCUUAAGCAGUUUCUCGACAGCAGCCUGGAGCACGUGUCGAACAAGUCGGCCUACCUGUGCGGCGUCAUGAAAACGUACCGGCAAAAGAGUAAGCUCCCGGGGGCAUCGGGCUCGGGCGCCCAGAAAGGCCCCGACGAGGACAAGAUUCGCGCCAUUUUGGACCGCACGGGCUACUCGCUGGAUGUGACGACGGGCCAGCGCAAGUACGGCGGCCCACCGCCGGAUUGGACGGGGCCCCAGCCGGCGUCCGGCUGCGAGGUGUUUGUCGGCAAGAUCCCCAAGGACAUGUUCGAGGACGAGCUCAUCCCACUCUUCGAGAAGUGCGGCCGGAUCUGGGACCUGCGGCUCAUGAUGGACCCGCUGUCUGGCCUGAACCGGGGCUAUGCCUUCAUCACCUUCUGCAACCGGGACGGGGCUCACAACUCUGUGCGCGAGCUCGACAACUACGAGAUCCGCAAGGGCAAGUACAUCGGGGUGACCAUUUCCAUCAACAACCACCGGCUCUUUGUUGGCAACAUCCCCAAGAACCGGGGCAAGGAGGAGCUGUACGAGGAGUUCUCCAAGCACGCGCCCGGCCUGACGGAGGUGAUCAUCUACAGCUCGCCCGACGACAAGAAGAAGAACCGGGGCUUCUGUUUCCUGGAGUAUGAGUCGCACAAGGCGGCGUCGCUGGCCAAGCGGCGCCUGAGCACGGGGCGCAUCAAGGUCUGGAGCUGCGACAUCAUAGUGGACUGGGCUGACCCACAGGAAGAGCCCGACCAGGAGACGAUGGCAAAGGUGAAGGUCCUGUACGUACGCAACCUGACGGCGGACGUGACGGAGGAGCGGCUCAAGGAGCUGUUUGAGCAACACGGCCGCGUCGAGCGGGUCAAGAAGAUCAAGGACUACGCCUUUGUGCACUUCGAGGAGCGGGACCACGCGGUGAAGGCAAUGAACCAGCUGCAGGGGAAGGACCUGUGCGGGGCACCCAUGGAGGUCUCGCUGGCCAAGCCUCCAUCAGACAAGAAGAAGAAGGAGGAGGUGCUGCGGAACCGCGAGCGUCGUAUGAUGCAGAUGAUGCAGCAGCGCAUUGUGGACGUGAGCGACUACCGGAUGAUGGGCUGCAUGCCCCCGCCGCCGCCCCUGCGGGGGCCCCGGGGCGGCGGGGGCGGCCGGGGGCCCCCCGUGGGUCCCAGGAGCUACGAUUACGACUAUGACUACUAUGGGUAUAGCGACUACCGGGGCGGCUAUGCGGACCCCUACUAUGAGGACUAUUACGGCCGCUAUGAUGACUAUUAUGACUACGGCUACCCAGCUGCGGCGCCCCCCCGUGGCCGGGCUGCUCCAGAGCGGGCUCGUGGUGGCCAGCGUGGAGCGACGCAGCGUGGGGGGCGCGGCCGUGGGCGGGCCCCCCGCGCUCGCGCUGGCCGGGGGCCGGGCCCUGCCAGCCGUGGGGGGGCCCGUGGGGCCGCCCCCCCCAGGGGAAGCCUGGCCGGUAAGCGCAAGUUUGACGGCGGCGCCCACCAGAACCAGGGGGACUCGAAGCGCCGCUUCCACAACAGCCAGGACGACGGCCAGCAGUGGUACCAGGACUCCUUCAACCAGACCUGGGGCUGAUAGCCCGCUGGUGCCUAUUUAAUGCCCGCCCCCUGCGUGUGUGUGUGUCUUCCCGGGGCCAGCCCCGUCGGACUCCUGCUGGACCAGACUGUGAUGACGAUGGACUGCCCGCGGAGGGCGACGUGUAACCUGGCGAUCCUGUGGAAAUAAAAGUGGCCCUUUUA